GAAUAGGUGUCGUGGCAACCAUCAAGCCGCUUCACGGACAAUGGGGCCCUUCCGUUACCUCUCUCAUUUGGCUCUGAGCAGCACAUUUCUCGUCUUGACUGAAAGUAAGCUCUCAUGUACGCCGGACUCAUUUUCGACGUACCUGUCAUCUGCUGGCCACGACAACGCCACAGUCUUGCAGGCGGUCAAAAUCUCCAAUGGAGACAGCUUUGAGGUACCGGCCAGUGACAUCGCCUACCCACAAUCACCCACCGAUUUGCCCGAAUUGUGUGUCGUUCAGCUCAAUGUUACCUCCAGCGCCACUUCAGCUUACACGUUCGGGCUUUUCUUGCCUACAGAGUGGAAUGAAAGAUUUCUGGCGGUCGGAAAUGGGGGCUUUGCUGGAGGCAUAAACUGGGCGGACAUGGGCGUCGGUGCACGAUAUGGUUUCGCUUCCAUGUCCACCGAUACGGGCCAUAACAGUGUCCUUUCGGACGGUAGCUGGGCGUAUAAUGAGCCUGAGAGGCUGAUUGACUGGGGCUAUCGAGCCAUGCAUGGCUCGGUGGUAUUAGCCAAGGAGGUCACAGCACAGUACUAUGGUGAAGAACUGAAGUACAACUACUAUAGUGGCUGCUCGACCGGCGGUCGACAGGGUCUGCGAUCGGUGGAAUUGUACCCCGACGACUUCGACGGGGUGAUUGCUGGAGCUCCCGCCUGGUGGACUUCACAUAUGCAACCCUGGACAGUCAAGAUCGGUACCUACAAUGCUGAACCGACCAGUCAAAUCCCCGAGAGCAUGUUCGAUGUCAUUGGCGAGGAGAUCAUCCGACAGUGCGAUCCUCAGGACGGACUGGUGGAUCGAAUCGUAUCGGCUCCGCAACAAUGCAAUGUGCGUCUGGAGACUCUUUUAUGUCAGGGUACCAAUGCGACGCAGUGCCUGAGCCCUGCGCAGCUGGGUACUUUGCGGCAGAUUUACAGUGACUACGUGGACGUGAACCAGACGUUUGUGUUUCCUCACCUCCUUCCUGGCAGUGAAGCGGAAUGGGCACUGUUGGUGAACAACGGGACUUCAGCUGCCCUGGGAAUUGACUAUGUACGGUACUUCCUCGGACUGGGAAAGCAGUGGAGCCAGGACCAGUUUGACUAUAGUACCGUCCAACUCGCGGAUCAGCUUGAUCCAGGCAAUGCAACUGCCGACGACUUCGACAUCUCGCCUUUUCAUCACAAGGGCGGAAAGCUACUGAUGUAUCACGGCAUGUCCGACGGAUGGAUCCCGACAGACAGCAGUCUAUAUUUCUACAAUCAUGUCGCCGAGCAGCUGGUGCCGAGAGGCAUUGAUCUAGACUCAUUUUAUCGAUUCUUCUAUGUUCCGGGCAUGCAGCACUGUACAGGUACACCACAGAGUAUGCAUGCACCAUGGUACUUUGCGGGCCCCAACCAGGCCCCCACGUUAUCAUCGAGUCUACACAGCGUUCCCGAGUAUAUGGAUGCCAGGCACGAUAUUUUGCUCGCCUUGAUGCAAUGGGUUGAGAAUGGCACGGCGCCAGAGCCGUUAAUUGCCACGACAUGGCAGAAUGACACCACUCAGGACACAGUCUAUCGCCAACGUCCACUGUGCUUUUACCCACAGAAAGCCGUAUAUACGGGUGAAGGGGACGCGAAACAGGCGAAGAAUUGGGAGUGUCGGUCACAAUAUUAGGGGUCAUCAGC